AUGGCCAAGAUUUGCCGUGGUCGUCGAGAGCAACAAAGAACAGAUCCCUUCUUUGUGGCGAUGCUGGCAACGUUUCGGACCACUUUCCAAGAGGAAAAGUCAUCAACACGCUUCAGCCUUGGAAAAGCAUCUUUCCUUUCCAGCGGGCUCAAGCAGCGACCAUGGCCAAGAUUUGCCAUGAUCGUCGAGAGCAACCAACAAAAGCAAGGAUAUCAUCAAGCUUGGGCUCCAGCAGCGGCAAUGGCCAAGGUAUGCCAUAGUCACCAAGAGCUCCAGCAUCGUCUUGUUCCUCAUGUUCCAGAAGUGGAGUCAGAGAUAGUUGACACGUGGCGCAUAUAUAUGCAUCCUCAGAAGGGGAUCGCUCUACCAGUGGCAACAUGCGGCGGCGAAGGAUUGCCACUGUCGUCGAGUGCAGCUGCAAGUAGUAUGGUCCCCUUCUGUGAAAUGAAAGCGCGAUGGUGGGAUCGUCACUCCAAUCAAUUCUUCCAUGACCAAGAUCUUCCAAUGGAAAUUGCUACAAAGUCCGGCUCUGCGUCGGCAAUGGUCAAAAUCGUCAUUGCCGUCGAGAGCAGAGGUCGCAUCAAUGCCAUCGGAAAGAAAGCUGCCACGGUCCACAGUUCAAUCCACCGGGCCAGUCUCCAGCAACGCCAAUGGCCAAAAGUUGCCAUUGUCAUCGAGAGGCGGGCCGUGUUGAUCACUGUGAUCCGUGUGCUUUUUGUCGAGAGAUGGCGCCAAUGUCAUCCGAAAGAUCUCAGGGUCACAUCAAAAUGA